CGGGCGCGCGCCCGGAGCGGCGGGAGGAGGAGGAGGAGGAGAAGGAGGAAAAAGAGGAGGAAAAGGAAAAAGGAGGAGGAGCGCACGGUACGCUAUGGCAUGGCAGGUGAAGAGGGCUUCUUUUUGGAGGAGAAAAGAUUCAAGCAGUGCUGUGAAGACUUUGUUAAACAUUCGCAGCAGAUAGGAGAUGGUUGGGAGUGGAGAGCCAGCAAGGACCUUGGUGAUGGUUAUCUUAGUAAGACACACUUCCAAGUAAGAAACAGACACAUCCCACCAGACCUCAAGGAGAAAAACAGUGAUAACACUGAAGAGAUGUUACUUGCACAUGUAGAAGAGCCCUGGGAUGACUCUCAGGCCGCCGGUGUUUGCGGCACAGAAGAAGUGGUUCGCUAUGAGUACCACGUCCUGUACUCCAGCAGCUACCAAGUGCCUGUGCUGUAUUUCAGAGCGUGCUUUUUGGAUGGAAGGCCUUUAAGUCUGGAUGAAAUAUGGGGAAGUGUUCAUGCAUCCUACCAGGCUCGUCUGCAGGAGGGGCCCUGGGACACUAUUACACAGCAGGAGCACCCCAUCCUUGGGCAGCCUUUCUUUGUCCUGCACCCCUGUCGAACCAAUGAAUUCAUCUCUGCUGUGCUGGGGAGCUCACAGGAGCACCACAGACAUACAAAUUACAUCAUUCUGUGGCUCAGUACCGUAGGCCCAGUUGUGGGCCUGAAUCUGCCUUUGAGUUACGCAAAAGCGGCAUCUGAGCAGAGCACAGAUUUGGCUGAAAGAGCCCAGAGCUGAAGGACUGGGAGUGGUUAGGCUGUGAUAAAGCUGCUGCAGACUUCCCUAGGGAUGAAGCUGGAGGAUCCUUCCUGGCUGGUUAGCCAUGCCAGAGUGGAAAUGAUUGCUGAUGGCUCUUUCCCGGGCCAGGACUCGCCACUGAUGAUGGUGGGAAUUGGCUGCUGCUGUGGAAACACCUCCCCAGCACCACCCAGACCUCAUCACCUGCCUCCUGUGCCCUUGGUGAGGCUGCACACAGAUGCACAAGCCGAGUUGUUGGAUGUACUGAACUUACCCCUAGAAGAUCUGCACCGUCUGUGGGGCAGAAAAUUCAAUAUAAACACAGAAAAAUUCCCAUGGGAUGUGGUGUGAGCUUGUGGCAGCCAGGGUAUGGGCUGAGACUGCUUCACCUGAGAGCCACCUUCUCCACCAGAGCCUGGUGAGGAACCAGCCCACAGAACAUCCUCAUCCUGGGAAUAUCCCACAUGUCACACCUCCUUAGGGAGCCAGCGGGGUCAGGACUGUGACAGGCAGAGCCCUUGGAGCCUGAGUGCAAUGAGCACGUCCAGCUCUGGAGCUCAGGAGCCUGGAGCAGCCGUGUGGGAACAUCUGGCUCUGUCGUGCUCCGCUGCCUGCCAGGGAAGCUCUCCGUGCCCCCUGGGAGCUGCUGCUCUUCCCAAUUAGUGUUUCUCCUUGUAGUUGUGGUUGCUCACAGGUUUGCUCCCUACCCUGCACUGCUUCUGCAGCCUCCCCUGACAGCUGUUGGCUUUUGGGGAAUUGCCUGGCGGUGCUGCCACUGAGAACCGGGUUAUGAGGAACUUCCCUACCACCCAUCCUGGCUUCUCUCCCCAUUUUAUUUGCAGUGUAAAACGGAGCAGCUGACAUUGAAACACAGAUUUUACUUUGCACAUGCAGCAAUUGUCACUUGCACACAGAGCCUAGUGAGUGCCACGUCAGAGCUGGGAGUGUGAAGUGCAUCCAGAUCCUGGUUUUUCAGAUUAUGUUUUUAACUUACUUGUCAUUGGUGGAUGUGGAAUACAGAGUGCAGUCCUUCAAAUUCCAUUGCUGGGGAGUUUGUUUGCCAGCCAUUUGGAAUUAAUAAUGAAAGCACAUUGUUUAUUUUGUUCUGCACCCUAACAACCUUUCUGAAAAGCUAUUUUUCCCAUGUAAGAUUUACAAAAUAUGGCCUGCAGCUACAUUAUUUUUUUUUAACACUUUUGGUAACACAUGCUUGAAAUUUGCAUCCACAGUUCAUUUGAAAAUUUAAGUGAGACUUAGAUAGGAGGAAGAAUCAACAAAAAGAGGUAACAGCAGGUUCAGGAGCUGUUGAAUGUUCACCCCUGCUCUGUGAUCUUCUCUUGUGAUACCCUGCAACAGAAGAAUAGAAGCACUCAGCCUUCAAAAUGUGGAAUUUAUUGUAAAAAAAAUAAAUAGUUUCAUUUUACAUGGAAAAAGUCUCAACACCCUUGGUUUCUACCUUAAUUUAGUAUUUGCAAACAGAG